AAAUGCCCAAUGUGUAAGAGUUCAUCUCUAGAUAUCACGAAAGAGGUCUAAGCCUCUUCCUGUUUGAAAUUGCAGCACACUCCACUGCCUUUUUCAUUGACUUUUUGAAAAGAGUUUGUUACAUGCUAUGCAAACAUCGAAUCAGCUGCUCUGUCAGUCAAGCAAUAUAGCGUGAGCUCUCUAGUUGCUGUUAGCGGUCAUAUUAGUAGAAACUAAACCAGUACAAGCAAAGGGGCUGGCUCUGACUUUGCCCGUCAGCCAGAACAAGUUUCUCCAUCAUUGCACGUUUCAAGUCACCAUAACGGAAUCCUCGCCUCUCCUUUCAUUUGAUUAGACAAUGAGGAGAAAGCGGUUUAUGUCAUGCACCUUUUAUCCUGGAGUUGCUGUUUUUCAACUUUAGACACUCCAUCUUAAAGCAAAAAAACUCAUUCUGUCACUUAUGAUGUUUAUAUGUAAUAUCUUAACUGUAUAUUAUUUGUCCAGGUGAACCCAGAGCUGAAGCAGCACUUUGAAGAUAAAGGUUUCAGGUUUGUGGGUCAGGACGUGGAGGGUGAGAGAAUGGAGGUCAUUGAGUUGGAUGAUCAUCCGUAUUUUGUUGGUGUACAGUAUCACCCAGAAUUCACAUCGAGACCCAUUAAACCAUCUCCACCGUACUUUGGUCUGCUGUUAGCUGCCGCCGGGCGACUCCCAAAUUAUCUUCAGAAAGGCUGUCGGCUUUCACCACGAGAUACAUACAGUGAUGAAAGUGGCAGCAGCUCUCCAGAACCAGAGAUGACAGACUUCAAACUACUUUCAAUAACUCAAGAUUAAAUCUGUACAAUUUCAUCCCGCUUGCUAAAGCAUUUUUUUUUAAGUAUCUUGCAUUUUGUUUGAUUUUAUUGCCAUUAUCAAGAAAAAAAUUGAGUCACCUUUCUGAAACUAAUUUAAACCCUUAACAGUCAAGCAGAGAUUUUUACAGAUUUGGAUUAACUAUUCAUGUGGACAAAUAAUGUCAAGUAUUAGUCAUUUCAAAAAAUUUAUUGUUCCAGCAGUCUGGUGCCAAAAAGUUCAGUUGAGUAUUCCCUUAAUAUUUUGGUCAUUAGAACAGCAAUUUGAGUGAACUACUCCAGUUAUUGGUCAAGACUGGAAGACAUACAAAUGCAGUCACGAACAUCUCAAUCCCAGUAUUGAACCCAGUUGUGGAUUAGUUUUAUUAGCAUGUUGUUUGGUGUUAGUUACAGUGGUAUUUACACAACUAUUUUUUAAAGAUUAUUGGUCAAAUAAAGAGAAAUAUUCAACUUCUA